AUGAGCUUGAAGAACGCCAAGGUCCUCAUCAUCAACGCUGGUUUCCAUUGCCCACCGAUGGCUAAUGGCAGAUUGAACGAAACCCUUGCUUUGGAGGCAGAAAAGUAUUUCCAGCAAAAGGGACACGAAACAAAGAUCACACAUAUGGAGAAAGGCUAUAAGAUCGAUGAAGAAGUUGUAAAGCUUGAUUGGGCUGAUGUUAUCUUUUUCCAGACACCAACUUGGUGGCUUGGUCUUCCAAAUCCAGCGAAGAAGUACAUCGAUGAAGUUCUCAAUGCUUACAUGGGCAUUCAAAACAAAAAGGCUGGCAAGAAGUUUAUGAUUUCUGCUACAUUCGGUGCUUUAGAAGAGACACUCUACGAUAAGAAUUCCUGCUACGAAGGAAAGGGACCAGAAGCCAUUUGGUUCCCAUUAUAUGUCGGUUUCAAGUACAUUGGCAUCGAUAAGCUUCCAAUGGUUUCAUUCUACAACGCAUUUGCUCAAGAUUUCUCAAUUGAUAAUCAAGUUAAGAGAUUACAUGCUCACCUUGACAAGGUUUUUGUCUAA